GGCUGGGUUAAUUUGUCUGGGGCGGAGUUGGCACUAGAGAAAACUGGGCUGCCUAUCAGUUGGCUUCGCAAGCCAAAGCUUCCUUCAAGAAAAUGGCUCAUUUUCUGGGGAAUUCAUUUGGCUGAUUAUCCUUUGGGCAGCAAGGACCAUGCCCGAAAGGUGCAGGUUUAUGCGUGCAAAUGGCCCGGAGAUGACAUGGCCAAUAGAAGCAUGAAGCAUUUUAGGAAAUACCCAAUCUUGCAUGCCGCAGCUGUUGAUUAUGAGAUGAGGAAUGGGAAUUAUCAUGGAGCGAUAUCUGACCUAGUCCGAGAAAGAGUACGCCAAAGACGGGAGGCGGAUGCCGGCGCCACGGCUCCCCUGGGGCCAUGGGAUACCUCCAGCACCAAAUUGGACAUUCAGUCAGAGCGCAACCGGGAAAUGGAAGAGGGUGUGGUCAUCAUUGGAAGGCACACCUUAAGGACCAACCUGUCUAACCCCCCAAUUCAACCCUCCCCUCUCUUGUCCAUGGGUAGUUUACGCGGGCCAUUCACUCCUCGGGCACCUUCAGCAUCCCAAGAAACCUCCGUUGCUGAUGCUUUAAAUCAUGCACCCGUCUCCAUCCCGCUCCAACCACCAUUCCUCUUUCACAGGCGGGUGGAGGCGGGGUGCGAAGCGGCGUAUCGCCUCGUAUUUGCCCAGAUACGCCCAUUCAUUCCUCCGACAUCAAUAAACCGGACCAACGACGCUCCUGAUGCGCCCACACCAUUUCCCAGUCACGGGUUUGGUCUAGGGGGUGACCUUGACUUCGACCAGGAUAAGGAGAAGAUGUAUGGCCGUGGAUAUCAAAUACUACCAAGAUUGCUUCGCAAGCUCGAGGUGACCCGCUCACUUGCACGAGGAGAAAGGGAGCCGACAAAAGACGAGAAGGCAUAUCCACCACCGACUGAGGUGGAACUUCGGGCGGAGCGGCUCAAAAAGGAGUUGCGGUGGAGAGAGGAUGAGAAAGCCUAUCAAUGGCUGCGUCACGGCAUGGGGGUCACUUGGGAUGAUCGAUUCAAUGGGAUAUUUGGUGUGUUCCGCAACCCUUCAGCGGAGGAGUAUAUAGUUAACUUUCACAAUUACAAUUUUCCCCCUUCCAAUACUGUUUGA